AUGAGUAAAGACAUUUGCCGAGUGCACAAGAACACGCCAGUCUACAUUGAGGAUAUGGUUCGCUUCAAGGAGACUAUACUCUGGACACGAACCGUACUGCAUUCUGUGGGGCUUUCGACAAUCUCGAUCACGUUGUACACACCAUACACGGGGACAUCACCAAGACCAGUAUUAGGCAUGAACGGCAGAGGAUUCGAACCAGAUGCGAGUCCUGGAAACAUGGAAGCACCUCAAUUUGACCCUGCGGGGUAAUGAAGGUGCAGGAAGACGUUGAAUCCAGAAUCGGCCGGAGGGUACGGACGGCUGUAGAGGUGUUGGAGGGGAGUGUGAGGUGGUCAUUUUUGUGAUCUCUAAUCUUAAGGCAGAAAAAUUCCGAAUGAACAAGUCCAAGUCAAGAGCUAUGAUAUGAUAGUAACAUUACUGCUGGGGACGGAGUGACACCACAAUUGGUGACCGUGUUAAGAGGAUUUUGC